GCUCGGUGACGUCGGUGGGUUUUUUUCCGGGACUGAUCGUGUCGCUGGUCCCGGUCGGUGGGAUUCACCGACAUUUCACGAACGAUUCAGUGUCACACGUCACAGAACUCACUCGGAUUGUUCAUGACAUCGAAGUCCAGAGUUCACGGAAGAAGCUCACGGAUGGCAUCAGCGGAGGCGGCGGUGGGCGGGCUGAGGCAGUGCCUGCAGGCCCAGGAUCAGCUCGAGGACGCCAUCAACUGCGUGAUGAAGGCCGAGCAGCAGCUGAGAGAAAACGCCAGAGAGGUGCGUGCGGAGCUGCAGAGCUGUGUGAGUCGCCAGCAGGAGGCGCUGCGCUGCAGAGAAGUUUGGCUGCUCAGUCAGAUCGAGCUUCUCGAACAAGUCAAGACGGAAACUCUGCAACAGCAACUGCACCAACUGCACCGGCUCAGAGGUCAGUUUGACAUCAUCACUCAUCAGAUGCAGAACAACAACAACAACAACGACCUGAGCAACCAGCUGAGCGUCUGCAUGGAAAAGAUGUCUUCUCUGAGUCUGACUCCAGAAGAAACUCCUGAGAUGAGAUUCCACGCCGACACUCGCUCUCUGAGGAAUGCCAUCACUUCAUUUGGCAGCAUCACUGCAGAGCUUGUGGAGGCUGUGUCUUCUCAGAGCUACGCCCCCCAGAGAGGUCAUGUGCAGAAUUAUUCAAUCACAGCCAUGAUGCAGAAGUCCGAGGGCGGAGCUUUGGGCGACUGGCUGCUGGGAACUGGUCCAACCAGCAGCGCUCCUACUGGUUACCAGUCCAGCAAGGACCCUCAGGAUUGGCUGAUGUCACUCAAGGAGAGCAAGAUUUCCUGUCCCGCCCUGGCCUCGGUGGACUUCCUGCAAGCCUGGGGUCAGCUCAGAGACCUGGAGGCGUGGCUUCUCCAGGACCAGGUGCCCGUCAGCAGGGAGAGGACCGUCAGCAGCUGCAGCUCCUCCUUCUCCAUCGAGAAAAUCGACGAAUCAGAAUUCAUUGUCGCACCUGAGGACGAGGAGCUGAGCGACUGGCUCAUCACCCCGCCCACUGUUGCCAUGGAGACCAUGUCAGACGCCGAGCGGUGGCAGCAGGUGUUGAAGCCUUUUCAGGACGGCUGGUCGUCCAGCGAUUGGCUGGUGGGGUCUAGCCGCCCGGCUGCCGACUGCUCCUCCUGCUGUCAGACCACCACGGCCGUGGAGAUCGAGAACCUGGGUCGGCUCAAGUGCCUGAAGACGCCGCCUGCUUCCCCGACUGCCCCCGUCACCCCCCCGUUGGCGGAGGCCCUGGAGGCUUGGCUCCAGCAUGCGGCGCCGGUGCAGCAGACAUGCAGGGCCAACGAGCCCUGCUCCUCCUACUCCGACUGCGUCUGCGAUGACAACUGUGGGACAGAAGCUUUGAGCCGGUGGCUGCUUCAGCAGGACGGGAGAGACAAGAACGGAGUCCCUGUCAAGAAUGCCCCGCCCACCGCAAAGACGGCCCCGCCCACCGCAAAGACGGUCCCGCCCACUGCAAAGACGACCCCGCCCACCGUGAAGACGGCCCCACCCGCCCUGCACCUCAGGGAGCAGAAGGUCAGAAACAUCCUGGAGACCUGGCUGCAGCCCGCCUCUCCCCCCCUCUAUGGCCGGGUGGCGAGCAGGGACGACCCGUUCCAGCGACCUCUGGACCCUGACCUCUGGGUCCUGAGUCCUGCUCCGGGGUCAGGAGGUCAGCCCCGCCCAGCUGAGGAGGAGAACAAGUGGCAGCUGAUGAAGAGGACUCAGGCUCAGAAGCACCUUGGCUUACCUGGAGUCUGUGACCUGUUCUCCUGCAUGAGUGUGGGAGGAGACAAAGACAAGUGGCUGCACAGGUCUGUUCAGAUUUGAGGAUGAUGAUGUUUCUUCUUCUUCCUCUUCGUCGCCGCCUUCUUCCUGUGACAUCGCCACACUGAGCCGCCGCUCUCCUCCAAUCAGGAUCAGACCCGGGACGUGGAGUCGACAGUUUGUUUCAUGUCCACAGAUCAUCUGACAAAUCCUUUAAACAAAUCAGUGUAUUGAUUAUUGAUCCUUUCAGACAGGAAACAGCUGAUCCUGGCAAGAGGAGGGGCGGGGCUUAUUUUAAUGGAUCUUGUUUUAACAGCUGUUUUCUGAAACUUUUAUUUUGUUCUGUGAUCUACUUCCUGUCUGAUGUGAUUUUAGUUUCCAUGACAACCCCUGGUGUCUAGAUGCAGCCUCUGAUUGAUGGAACUCAUCCUGUGUCGUUCUACACAAUCAACUUAAUUUCCCAGAAUGCCAUGUGCAGCCUGUUGUCUGACAGGUCACGUGACUCUGGUCUAUGAUGUCACUCUGCUGUGAUUCUCUACAGUAAUAAAACAUGUUGACAUCA